GAAAGUGAGCAUGGAAAGCGUGAGAUGAUGAGAACCGCAUUGAUCUUCGAUUAAUCUCCCUGUAAUUCAAUCCGUAAGCUUCUCUCCCACUCAAGAAUUCCUGAAAGGUGACUAGAUUAAUCAUUAAUGGCUGAAGCGGCAGGGAAAGGAGUGGAAACCGAGGGGGUUUUGAAGAUGAAGAAGGAGCUACAGAGAGCGGUGGAAGCCAUUGUUGAGGAAGAUGAUGAUGAUUGCGACUUGGAGGCCACUGAGCGUGCAAUUCGAACUCUGUGCGCUCUCAAGGACUUGAAAUCGAUGCAAAAUCACCAACCAUAUCCGAAAUUCGGGAGUCUGGGUUUCGCAGAACCCCCUCAGGAAUUUAAGUGUCCACUUUCGGGGAUUGUGAUGGAAUUUCCUGUUGUCGUCGCCUCUGGUCAGACAUUAGAUGAGAAAUCUAUUCGAAGAUGGCUAGAAACCGAUCGAUCAUGCCCAAUGACCAAGCAAGAGCUACCGCAUUGUGACCUAAUUCCAAAUCUUUCAGUCAAGAAAAUGAUCAUGGAAUGGAACAAACUGCACAGUGCAGAUACGCCGGCAUCGAUUGUUGAUAAAAAAGAAGAACACACAACAUAUUCGAAUGAAGAACAUCUGAUGGAAUUGCUUCGAAGAUUAUCUUGUUCAACUGAUAAUCAAGAUAGAGAUGCAGUUGAACAGAUACGGAAGCUGACAUACAAAUCCCCUUCUUUCCGAACCCUCUUUGGAAAGAUCGAGGGUGCUAUUCCAUGUUUGAUCCAAAGUGUUGGUAUUAACCAUGAUCUGAUGAUGCAGGAAGAUCUGCUUGCAAUAAUAUUCAACAUUUCUACCGAUGAGGAUGUUAGGAAUAAGAUAGUAGCAGAUUGUGGAGCAUCGGUGAUUUCUUUUCUAAUAACAUCCUUGGGAAGUGAAAACAGCGUGGAAAUGUCAAGGCACGCAGCUGCUGCACUGAAUGAAUUAUCGAAGGUUGAUUCAUACAAAACCAAAAUCGGCGAAUCGGGUGUUUUCCCAUCUCUAUUUGAAGUUCUUCGAUUCAGGGAGGGGAAUCUUUUUUCCUCAAGGGAUGCUGCUUUAGCGAUUCUCAAUUUAUGCACUGUGAUUCAGAACAGGGAACGGGCGAUCUCUGACGGUGCUGUAAUGCCCGUUUAUGAAAUGAUCAAAGACCGGAUACUCAUUGACGAAAUGCUCGACAUUCUUGCAAUGCUGUCGAGGCAUCAAAAGGCCGUCGAGGAUAUGGAAGGGAUAGGAAUACUGCAUUGCCUGUUUGAUUUACUGAAAGAGAGUUCUACUACCGAGCAAAACAAGGAAAAUUGUGUCGCGAUUAUCCACGCUAUGUGUAUGAGCAACCGGAGGAAUCUUAGGAAUGUAGAUAGAAUCGAGAACGGGUACGAGAUUUUAUCUCAGGUUGUGAGAACUGGAACGUCGAGGGCGAAGAGGAAAGCGACGGACAUCCUUAAUCGGCUGAGUAAGUUCGUAUAUUUGCACAGUGCUUGAGUAGAAUAUGUCGUAAGAACUUGUACAUAUUUAUGCGUCAUUCUUGACCUUGUGUGUUCAAAAUAAAGGCAUGUGUGUUCAUCUUUGUUGGUGCAUUCUUGUCGUUAGAUUUAGAUAUUUCUUUAUUUUUUAUGAUCAAUAAAUAAUUUUAUUAUUUUUUUUCAAAAU